AGAUCCAGUCUAUUACACACUGACUGAGGAAUCAUCCCUUUCGUUAUGACGUCACGAAAUCUAUCAGCCAACGAGGUGGCGACGCUGGUCGAGGAGGCGGAGUCAAGAAUCCGCCCUUAUAUUUUAGCCACGCCCCUGCUCCCGGCGACGGCUAUAUCACGUGAACUUGGCGUUCAUGUCUAUCUGAAAUUAGAGAACGAGCAGGUGACAGGCUCGUUCAAGGCCCGGGGUGCGUUCAACAAAACGAGCAUCCUAGCGAACGAAGGUGUGACGUCACUCAUCACUGCUUCUACCGGGAACCAUGGGCUUGCUUGCGCGUUGGCUUUCAAAACGAUGGGCGUGCGUGGGCGUGUGGUGGUUCCUGUUACAGCUGACCCGGAGAAAAAGCAGAAGCUGAAGGAUGCCGGCGCGGACCUCCUCGAACACGGGCAAGACGCGGCCAUCGGGGAAUCCCACGCCAGGAGCUUGGCCGAAAGGGAUGACAUGCCCUUCCUCUCGCCUUAUAAUGAUUACCAUGUGUUGGCUGGACAGGGAACUAUAGGCAAGGAAAUCCUGCAAGACCUGGACGACGUGGGCGCCAUCUUCGUGUCCGUGGGCGGCGGGGGACUCGUCUCCGGGAUCGCUGCUUACGUCAAGGCCAAGAAACCGCAGUGCCAGAUCGUCGGGUGUUCGCCAAGGAGGUCAAAAGUCAUGCAUGAAUCUGUUAAAGCAGGUCACAUUAUCGAGGAAGAGAGUGAAGACACGUUAUCAGACGGAACGGCAGGCGGAGUCGAGAGAGAUUCUGUGACCUUCCCUCUGUGUCGUGAUCUCGUCGACCGCUGGGUGUUAGUGGAAGAGGAAGAGAUAGCCCAGGCUGUUUAUUACUGCCUGAAGCAACACAAGAAAGUUGUUGAGGGUGCAGCUGGUGUGGCACUAGCAGCUGUGAAGAAAACAGCUGAUUUCUACACCGGGCAGAAGGUCGUAGCCGUAAUGUGUGGGGCUAACAUCAGCAUGGCAAAUCUAAAGACUAUUAUCAAUACCUAUGCUUAGAUAUUUCCUUUCCACGUCUGUCUUUCCUCUUCUCUUCUCUUUCUCUUUUUCUUUCUCGUUCAUUCCCAUUCUCUAUAUUACUUUCCUGGCCGAUUUCAGCUUGCAACUUACAAUAUAACAUAUACACGUACGCAUAAACACUGUAGGUUGAAGAUACUUUCAAAUAUAGAAACAGAAUUUAUGUCUUUAUUUACAACAGACUUAAUGCGUUUGUUACUGCACGCAUUAUUAUAAAAAAAAUAGUUUUGAAAGUUAACACAAUGAAUACAAAUGUAAGAAAAGAACAUGUGUGUGUGUGUAUAUAUUAUAUAUA